GUCAAGCAGGAGCUGCCUGCAAGCCAAGAGCCUGCAGAAGAGGAAGGAGAGCCCCGGACCGAGCCCGACACCAAGGUUGGGGCCAAGCCCAAGACCGAGGCCAAGCCCAAGAACGGGGCAAAGCCCAAGAACGGUGCCAAGCCCAAGAACGGGGCCGAGAAGUCGGAGAGCAAAGAGGGCGACAGCAGCACCCCCACCGAGACGCCUAAGAGGAAGCUCACUGCUGGCGACCUUGUGAAGUUCGCCGACGACUUGGAGAAGGAGGAGCCGGCCGAGCAGCAGGGCGGCCAGGACGACGAGGCCGAAGAGCAGGGCAGCCGAGACCGUUGCAAGAACCGCUGGUUGCAGAAGAGGAAGAAGGCUGGCAACGUUCCGGAGGAACUUCUCAGCUACCUCGAGAAGUGCGGUCGCCAGGACACGACGGACGCCGUGAACCGCCUGGUGAAGCGAGGCAAAGGAGGACGGUUCGAGCUGUGCUUGGAGAACGCCUGGUGGAAGGAAACUCACCAGAAGUUCGACAGUGUCAAGGGCAAGGACAAGGCCCUGGGCUACACCCUGACCAGAGCCAAGGCUUUGUGUGGUGGCCAGCAAGGGCUGGACCAAGCCCUGCAAACCGGCGAAGUCAGGCAGGUCACGGAGGACGGCACCACUUACUACGUUUUCAAGGAGAUCCAGGUGACCCACGAGAAGGGAGUACAUAGCCAGACCUCUUGCGAGGGUGCUACAGAGGUGGACCAUGGGGUCCACUCGAAGUUCAAGGACUUCGUGCAGGGCUACGACUUGAACCUCGUGCCACCGCCCCCCGCCGUGACCAGCGACCCAGCUGGAGGCAGCUCUUGCCCAGCGACCCUCACUUUGAACGAGCAGGACAAGAAGAAUCUGGAGCAGUCCCUGACACUGCUCCAGACUCAUCGCCAGGCUGCUGAGAAGAUCUUCCUGGGAAUAACGUCGACCACGCCGACGGCAGCUACGUCCAGGAGCAUGCUUCAAAGGAACUUGCAAACGGUCCUGAGCAAGAUCAGUGAGCUUCACGAGGUGGCAGUGUUUAACACGCACCGCAAAAACCCCGUGAACAGCUUGGUCGUCAGCAACUUGCUUCGGGAGGCGGCAGCGGCAGUCUCCGAGCUCCAGGAGAGCAUGUCCAUGUCUAUGUUCGUCGCGAACUCGCAGCAGCCAUUCUUGGCUUUCCCUGCCAUGAAGGCCAAGGCCGCCGAGGUUAAACACUGCCUGAGGCCAUUGCUGGAGGUGUGGAGGUUGCACUAUAUGUCUCCACACUCACAAGAGGAUGCUGAAGUGCUGCUUCUCUUGCAGCGAGCAGCGGAUAUGGACGACCUGCUAGAUCAGGAUCCCACCCAAGCCGUGCUCCUUUACCAAGAUUCCAUCCGGCUUUGUGUUCUUGGUUUCGAAUACUUCGGCUUGAUGGGUCGUCUCAUGAAGCGGUUUUUGUUACAGGGAGACAUGGCCUUCAACGUGACCUUUAAGGCUCACUGGCUGUGCCACGGACUCUUGGAAAGUCAUUUCUUAAGUCCAAGGGUCGGUGCCUGCUAUGGGCAAGAAGACCUAAUGCAAAUCGUUCGCCGAAUGGUGAGUGUCUGCACCCGGUCGAGGAAUCCUGUAGCCACCGUACAGAAGGCCAUGCAAAAGUAUGUCAUGGCAUUGCAUGUCGACUACAGCCGGAUGUGA